UCCAUUUUAUCUGAAUCCAAAAAUUGCUAUUUAAUAAUGAAUUUAUAAAUUAUUAUAUAAAUAAAAAAUGGCAGAAGUAAAUCAUGAAAAUAGUAAUAGAUUUAAAACAAAAUCUAUUGAUCAUUCAGAAACAGAAUGUUGCAAAAAUUGUGAACAUUUAUGUGAUCCAUAUACUAAACCAGCAUUAUGUUGUAAUGAAUGUUCAGGAAAGAUUCAUAUUGAAUGUUUAAAACGAGGAAGUGUUCCAGCAUCAUUUGUAGGAGAUGUAUUUUUUGAUUUAACUUGUUCUCAUUGUAGUCCUUUUGGUGAAGAAACAGUAAUACGCAAUAGAAUGCCUUGGCUUAAUGUCAUUAUAUUAACAUUAUAUAAUUUACGUGAAAAAUCAAGUGGUAUUAGCAAAAGAGGAUAUUUUCAUUGGAAAUCUGACAUUAGUACAUUUGUUGAUCGUAAUUGGGACUUUUUAUUUAAGAAGACAGUUAAAAGAAAAAAGAAUUGGAUUGGUACAAUAUCUGGAACUCUUUCUCAUUAUAGUGGAAUUUUUUUUAAAUCAGGAACAAUAGAAUUAGGAGAAUCAGGAUGGUGGAGAUUAAUAGAUAAUGAUCCACCUGAAGUUCUUAUUGCUAAAAAUGAAAAAAUGAUAUUAGAUCGUAAAAAACAAGUUAAUAAUCAAAUAAAAAUAGCAAAUAAAUUACACAAUAGUCCAACUCCAUCUGAGUCAAGUAUUUCAGUUGGAGAAGAUAAUGGUUAUGGAAAUGGAUUAUUAAAAAAUCAAGAAUAUAUUACAUAUUCACAAACAGAUGUUCAAUCUGAUAAAACAUUAUUUGAUCUUUUGCUUGAAGAAGAUGAGUUAAAUAAUUUAGAGAUUGAAGAUGAUAUGAUGUCUACUGAACAAAGUGAUACACCAUCAUUGUCUGAUUUAAUAAGAGAUUGUCAAUAUCAGACUAAUAAUUUCCAUUUUUCACAAUUACUGGAUGAUUUUACAUCUGAAUGGACAUCCACUACAGAUACUGUAUCAGAAAAUCUUAAUAAUAUCAAAACAGAUCAGAUAAAGGAAGAUGAAGAAGAACAUUAUGAAGAAGAUAGUAAUGAUAGUUUAAGUUCUGUGCAAGAACAGUUACCAGUUUCUUUAUUUAAAACUACACAACAACGUCCAUGGCCCUGGCAAAGAAAUUAUAAUAUUAAAGAAAAAAUUCCACGUAUGACACAUCAACAAGAAACAUAUUUAUUACAACAAGUUAAUAAAUCAACUCUAAAUUGUGCAUCUUCAGAAAUCAGACGAUUUUAUCGAAAAAUAGCUGUAAGAAAAUUAAAACGCGAAUAUGGUUUACCACUACUGGAUAUCGAUAAUUUUGGCUGUAAAGCAGAAAUACUUGAUAAACCUUUAAAAGAUUCUGGCCGAGUUUUGGAUCGAUUUUUUGGCGAUGAUUUAAGUUCGUUUGAACAAAGAUUACAGGGAUAUAAUGAACCCACAUCUGUACAUAGUCCAUAUACAAAUAGACUUUUGAAACCAUUCAUAAGAAGAGACACUUCAUGUCAUCCUUUAUGGUUGAAAGUAAUGGAAGAGCUUCGUAUUAAAGUCAAUAAAUCUAAUCCAAAAUGGAAAACGCCACCAAUAGCACCAAUUGAUUAUUCUUAUGUGAGACCACAACACAUUCCCGCAAUUAAUAGCUUAUGCAAUCAAUUUUUCUGGCCUGGUAUUGAUUUGACAGAAUGUUUGCAAUAUCCUGACUUCACAUGUGUGGUUUUAUAUAAAAAGUUAGUCAUAGGAUUUGCAAUUUUAGUUCCUGAUGUUAGUUAUAAUGAAGCUUAUAUAUCAUUUUUUUUAACUCGUCCCGAAUGGCGUAAAUCUGGUAUAGGAACAUUUAUGUUGUAUCAUUUAAUUCAAACGUGUAUGGGCAAAGAUGUUACGUUACAUGUUUCAGCUACUAAUCCAGCAUUAAUUUUAUAUCAGAAAUUUGGUUUCAAAGUGGAAGAAUUUGUUCAAGAUUUUUAUGACAAAUAUAUGCCACCAAAUUCACGAGAAUGUAGACAUGCAUUAUUUUUACGAUUGAGUAGAUAAAUUUAAUAAUGUAUAUCAUACAGCAAAUGUACAUAAUAUUUAUUAAAUUAAUUUGAAUUUUUUGUAAUGA